AUGGCAUCAUACGGGUAUUUGGAGCAACCCGAAGAGGAUGCUCUUCACAAGUCGCGCCUCCUCAACGUCGAAGAAAAGCCAUUCAAGCGGAUAUCGAGACGCCUAUUGGACCCUAGCUCGCUAGUAGUCACCAACGCGACGCUCCCACCUACACCUCCACCGGACGACGCAGACGAAGGGGCGACAAUCGCCGCCGAAGCCGAAAAACAGAAACGACUGGAAGGAUGGCGCCAUUUCCGCGAGGAUGUGACGUUGGAUUUCGCUGCAUUUGAGGGAAGCAUCGCGCGCAUCCAGUUCUUGCUUACGAGCAAUGAGAAGGAACGCGAGCGGUAUGCUGCUGAGAAGCUUCGGAUCCUUUCUACAAUGGAGGCUGUGCGAGGUAACACGGGGGAAUUACGAGGGCAGUUGGAGGAGGCGCAACGACUUCUGGCUUUGCGGAAGAGCUACGAUGACCUAGCCGAGAAAAUCACGAGCAACCGGCUUCUGAAACCGCGUGAGGACCAGCAAGCGAACCUCCAGAAACUGCAGGCGGAGAUCCUCGACCUAGAGAAGGAGAGCACGGAAUAUGCCGCGACGUGGUCAGACCGACGCGAGCAAUUCGGUCGUAUCGUUGAGGAAGGCAUGCAGCUCCGGCGCCUCAUUCGCGAUGAGAAGGAAGAGGUUGAACGGAGGGAAGGUAUGCAGGAAGGUGGUGAAGGAGACGAGGGUGAUGCUCCAAAGGGGAAAUCCGAAGCAAACACGCCACGCCCCGAGCAUGACAGCCCGACAUCCUCGCAGAUUCCAGAUGACACUACUCGACAGUCUCUACAAGCGGAUAAGUCUGGCACAACAAGAGCCGCAUCCCCAUUACGACAGGUGACUACGGCUGAGGACAAGCAAGAAAAGCAUGCUGCCGAUCAGGAAGAUACGAACAUGGUGGAUGAGGGUGAGGUGGAGGAAGGAGAAGAAGUGCCAGACAAGAUGGAUACCACAUAA